CUUUUUGUGUGUAACGUUCACCAUGGCGGUGGGUAAAAAUAAGGGGCUGUCGAAAGGAGGCAAAAAGGGUAUGAAGAAAAAGAUGUAGCGUCGAUCCUUUCACUCGUAAGGAUUGGUACGAUGUCAAGGCACCAUCUAUGUUUACCAAUCGUCAGGUUGGAAAAACGUUGGUGAAUAGAACUCAGGGAACAAAAAUUGCUUCUGAGGGUCUGAAAUACAGAGUAUUCGAGGUCUCCCUAGCAGAUUUGCAGAAUGAUGGAGGUGCGGAAAGGUCUUUCCGUAAAUUUAGGUUAAUCGCCGAAGAUGUUCAACAUCGUAAUGUCUUGACCAAUUUCCAUGGCAUGGACCUCACCACGGACAAACUGAGAUCCAUGGUUAAGAAAUGGCAGACUCUGAUAGAAGCUAGUGUAGAUGUAAAAACUACAGAUGGGUACCUUCUCAGAGUUUUUUGCAUUGGGUUCACUAAUAAAGACCAGAUGAGCACCAGGAAAACGUGUUAUGCUCAGCAUUCACAGGUCAAGAGAAUCAGACAAAAGAUGGUAGACACCAUCAUCAAUGACGUCACAAAAAGUGAUUUGAGAGGUGUCGUCAGUAAACUCCUGCCAGAUGCUACGGCCAAAGACAUUGAGAAAGCAUCGCUCGGAAUUUACCCACUCCAUGAUGUAUAUAUCCGGAAGGUGAAGGUUUUAAAAAAACCACGCUUCGAAUUAAGUAAAUUACUGGAGCUCCACGGAGACGGGGCGGGCAGUAAGAGUGAGGAAGCAGGUGAAAGUGGUUCGAAGGUUGACAGACCAGAGGGCUAUGAACCACCUGUCCAAGAGUCUGUUUAAGUGUAAGAGAGUAAAUUUUAUAUUUAUAUAUUAAAAUUUAAAUAAAAAACCACGUUAAAGUGCGACUAACGCUUCUA